CCUCACUCUUCAGUCCGGGCGGCCUGGCGAGGCGCGUCUUCUCCACGUAAGAGAUCUACCACGCGAGCCAUAACCGGCUAAUGGGCCGCGUGAGUUAUUGCGCGAGCUCCAACGUGGUGUGUGUAUCAAUGCGGUAGUGAGAGACUGGUGACAGACCCCGCUUACGCGACCCUCCCCCCCUCCUCCUCCUCCUCCUCCCCUUCCAGCACCACCACCAACUCACCGCCCUUGGCCGCGCGCCACAAAAGCGAUCAGCACGCCGCCGCUGGCUCGCGGGCAGAGUGACGUCGCGCGCUCUCGGCUGCGCUGCGCUCGUUGAGCGUCUCGCGGACAGGACGCUUUCAGAGCCGCCGCUGUGGAGGAAUCCGAGAGGGAGGAAAAAAGGACUGACGGACAGAAAGACGGACGACGCGAAGGUGAAGACGAUGUAAGGAGGUGGUUCUGCGGCGCGCGCGAGCUGCGGUCCUGAUGGAUAUUGGCUCCAAGGACAAGAUUGCAGGGACAAGAGCACGAGACACAAUGGAUAUCCUUAAUUCUCUAGACUUUACCCUCACCUAGCAUAGCCAGUGGACUGUUUGAAUCUCAACAGGAAUCUGUUCUUCGUUCCAUUACCUUCAAACCUUUCAGUCUAGUGGGAUCACCAUUAAACUUGCUAUUUUCCCUCUACUGGCCUGGAGGUGCAACUGCAGUUUUUGUUUUCUAAUGAUGGGGGCUCCUGGAGGGCCAGUUCUGGGUGGCUUCGGGUCCACCACUGCCCCUUUGGACAUCGGUGGAUGGAUGAUCUGGCCCGGGAACACCACCAUAAGCCUGAACCAGAGCCUAGUCUGGACCGACCAAGUCACCAACCUCUCUUCCUUCUCACCCUCCACUCAGGCUGUAGCCAAAGAGGUGAUCAAAGAGAAGAACUGGCCAGCGCUGCUUAUACUAGUAAUUAUCCUGCUGACAAUAGGUGGGAACAUUCUAGUUAUUCUAGCUGUGUCAUUGGAGAAGAAGCUGCAGAAUGCUACAAACUUCUUCCUGCGCUCUUUGGCUGUGGCAGACAUGUUGGUGGGCAUCCUGGUCAUGCCCAUCUCACUUAUCAAUAUCUUGUAUGACUAUGCCUGGCCGCUGCCUAAUGCCCUGUGUCCAAUCUGGAUCUACCUGGACGUGCUUUUCUCCACAGCCUCCAUCAUGCACCUGUGUGCUAUCUCUUUGGACCGCUAUGUGGCCAUCUGUAACCCCAUACAGCACAGCCGCUUUAACUCGCGCACCAAAGCCAUGCUGAAAAUAGCUGCCGUCUGGACCAUCUCUAUAGGUAUCUCCAUGCCUAUUCCAGUCAUUGGUCUUAGCAAUAAGGACAAAGUCUUUGUGAAUGGCAGCUGCGUCCUGAAUGAGGAGCGUUUCAUGCUGGUUGGCUCCUUCGUGGCCUUCUUUAUCCCUCUGGUCAUCAUGGUCGUCACCUACUGCCUCACGGUGCAGGCCCUCCAACGCCAAGCAUCUGUCUUCCUCUAUGAGGCUAAGGCCUCUUCCCAGCAGCCCUUGCAGCCACCAGCUCCGUCUGCUUCCCAUCUGGCUCCUCCCUCUGCCCCUUCUCGCCGCAGCAGCCUGAACUGCCUUCGGUUAGGGGGAGGCGAUGGGAACUCUCUGAGCCCUGCCACACUUUCGGACAGCAUUUCCAUCGUAGGUAGUUCAGAGGCCCCGUCCCAGCUCAACUCACCCGCAGGACGGGACCCAGGCGGGGCCCACGGCCGCCGCGGCAUGAUGCAGGCCAUCAAGAAUGAGCGGCGGGCCUCUAAAGUUCUCGGUGUGGUCUUCUUCCUCUUCCUGCUCAUGUGGUGCCCGUUCUUCAUCACCAACGUGUUGUUUGUAUUGUGUCGUGGGGCAUGCAAUGAGCCCUUGCUCUCAGAACUGCUCAACGUCUUUGUUUGGGUGGGUUACAUAUCUUCAGGGGUCAACCCUCUGGUCUACACGCUCUUUAAUAAGACCUACAGACGGGCUUUCUCCAGUUACAUGCGCUGCCGCUACAGCGGAGUGCGGCUCAAGCCCAUUCCCAUCUAUGCCCAGCCAUGCCCGUCUCACGCUGCGGUCACACCCCUCCUAAUCUGUGGGAAGGUGGGAGUGGACCGGAAUAGUAACUGCCGGAAUGGAGAUGGGAAUGGCCUUGGAAAUCUGGAGCCCCCAGACACAGACACAGAAGCAGGACUGGAGCUACGACCCGGGAUGUCGGCGCUAUCUGUCAUCAGCUGCCAAACACUCCCAGAACACACUAGCAGUGUCUGAUUCACUCUAGUUUCUUAAAAAAGUGAAUCCACAGAAUGGUGCAAUGUCAACCCAAAGGGACUAACUAGUGUUUUAUACAUUCCCUUGGGGUGUGUCUGCAUCCUCCUCAGGGAAGGAACUGCAAACACACCAAUGGAACUCAUGCCAGCACUGUGAUUGGCUAUCGUCACUACCUCUGGCUGUGACUUGGCCAUUCUAGAAUGUAUGCUGGUGGGGAAUGACUCAAAGCACUACAGACUGACCCUGGGUCGGACGCGUCGGGACACUUCCAGGACACUCAGCACUGUGCAGGAAUGAAAUACGAAUAAAAAAAAAAUCUAUAAACCAAUUGGCUGGGCAUGGAUUGAGCCUGGUCUUGGACUGAAUUGUAACAUCAAUGGUGAAUCAAAGUCAUUUUAGUCUAGGAUCAAGCUUAAUCUGGGUCUGGGAAAUUGGUGCUAUUAAUAAGAACAUAGUUCCUUGAUGGAACUAUGUUUGAACAGGUUCAGAUGUCUGAAUGCCAAAUAAUAACUAUGUUGCAUGGCUUAUUCCAGUUUCUUAGCAAAACAGAAUCAAACAGUGUGACUUGCUGAAUAUGCAGCAAGGCUUCCAAUCAGAGAGUUUACAGCACCCUCAUGUGGUUAUUUGCAGGAGUUUCAGUUGGCUUUUGAUCUAAAAGAGCUAAAAGAGGCUGACCUACAUUUGAAGACAUAAAUGUCAGGUUUUAAAAGAACCACACCAUAUACGUUGAAGCUUUGUUGAAGUUACUCUGGCAUUGCAUACGUUUGCUUCAUUACAUUUACAUCACUGGUAGAUAAUAGGACUUAUCUAUGCAUUAUUGUCCAUGCAGUGUUUGGGGUAUUUUAUUCUUAAUACAUAUGACCUGAUGGUUAAGACCAGAAAAGGCCUGAAAGAAGUCCUCCGUCCAUCCCAGAACUGCCACUCACCUAUACCCAUACAUCCUUGAUAAAUUUGUAGAAUGGAAUGCAAUAUAAAUUGUAAUGCACAUUUCUGAUCAAAGCAUGCCGUGUGUGGGCAAUCAAAGAUAUGGUGCACAAGAGCCAUGCUUUAAAUCUUAACGUAUGGACUAUAAGGCCGAAAAGGUUUGCUUUGGUUCACGGGUGAUUUAUCCAGAUCCUCCUGAGAAGUUCUAAAAGUUAUUCUCUGAAGGAUUUUUUUCUCUCGUAACGUGCUCUCUGUGAGGUUAGCUUUGAAGGAGUAACUCCAGUGAAUGUAGAGGUCAGGUAUCUAGCAGUGUUGAGACUAAAUGUAGAGGCACAGCACAACACUGCACAGAAAGGCUAGACGCCAUAAAAGAAACAUGAUGUAUGCUUUAUGGUUAGGACAAGCCACAUCUAGGACAGUGAGCCAGUCUGUCAGAUCCAAAACGUGUAUUCUGAGGAGCUAUAGGAACGUGUUGUGUAAAAUGCUGUAAAUGCUUGCUGUUUUGUGAGUGUGUAGAAUUUGUAGUACUCACUAUGUAUUAACACAUGCCCUUCAUUCAAACUGCCAUUUUAUACUAGAAUCUGUGACUGUCUGUUCAGAUCUUGCCUCCUGUUCAAAUCCUUUUGCAUUAUGUUUUUUUGUGCAUAUGUUGCUGCUAUUUAUUUAAUAAACAUUACCAUUAUCAUUGUU